UAUACUUGACUAAGGGUAGAUUUCAACUGCAACAUCUACUGUUGUAAGACGAGGAAGUAUUCAGUUAACUGCGACUGUUUAAAUUAACUCUACCAUUCAAGAAAAGCGUAAGUAAUUUAAACGGUGGAUAUCUUAAAAUAUUAUAUAUAAUUUAUAUCGAAACUUCUAUUUUGUAUACAAAUCUGUUCUAAUUUAGGGAGUGUUGACACGAAAUGUGAUUAACGCACUUUCAAUCAUCGUGGAGAGAAAAGCAUCAUCAAUUUAAGCUCAUAUUCAUUCUCCAUAGCAAUCAGAGGUGUGUUAAAUGUAAACUGUGAUAACAGUCUUCAAAGACACAAAAACAGUGCAUGCUAAAAAUUCAUGUGUGUGAAUUCUGAGAUGCAAACGAGACUUCAUUAGUGAGGGAUGAUACGGAAAUAUCCCCAUUAGCGAAAUACUCUACUCGCAAAAAUUCUCCCUAUCACUUUCUCAAUAGCAUCAUACUUUAUUGCAUAUGCAGUUUUCUACAGUAUACAUGGUCUCUUAAAAAAGGAUAAGCUAAUAUUAUGGAGAAGCUUCCUCUACUUUUUAAAAACUGUCCCAAGGUUCUGGACAUCAGGUGUGUUGAAGUAACGUAACCAACUCUCACCGCAAAAGAUAGUUGUAACUUAUUUGUUGAAAAAUUCUUGGCUGAGAUAAACUAUAUUAAAACGUACUUUCUUACUUAUACCGAAGGUUAAAUUUAUAAGUCUCCAUAUCCAUAAUCUUACAACAAUCAAUAUGGAAGCAAUAUAGAAAGCGCUUUAAAAAGGUUAUUUCCAUGCAGAUCUAAUUCAUAUAUUAUCUUCUUUAUACGAAAUAAAAAUCGUUGUGAAUGAUAAAAUAUCUUCUUGCUGACAGUAAAUAAAAUUUAUAUUGUGUCUGCAUAAAUCUUUUUUUUUUUUAAAGAUUGUGUUUUAUGAUUUAUAUAAUCAAUAGACUAGUCAUUAAGUGUGUCUAAUUUCUUUCUGGCAAAAGGAAACAUUAUUAUUAAAGGCAAUCUCAUUCUAUGUUGUGAUAUUAUCAGCAAAUUUUAUCUGUGCAAUGUAUGUCAUAGUUGAAGUUGCUAUGAUGUUCUGACAGAAAAAUAUUUACACAUGGAAAUUUAAUGUUUGUAGUUUAUGUGUUUAUAAGUUCCCAAGUGUUGUUCAUAGUUAUACUUUUUUAGUGUUAAACAUUUUACUUCUGUUAAGCAAUUUAAUACUUGAAAAUAGAAUUAAACUCUUUUGACCUUCUCAUAUUUAUGGUAAUGAAUAAGAGCUUACUUUUCUUGUGCAUGAUAGAACAUUGAUAUAAAAAUUGGCAAAGUUUUUUUAAAUAGAUAAUGUUAAACCUUUUGAGUUUGUGAAAGUGAAAAAAAAAUUUUUUUUUUAACUAUAUUUCUGCAGUGUCUGUGUGAAUAAAUUACAAAUGAAAUCAAAUUUGAUAAUUUCAUGUUCAAAACAGUUAAUAUCAAUAUUGUUUAUUCAUGUUCAUUUUUAUAAUAUGUCUUCCUAAUAACAUUAAUUUUACACUAUGUCUGAAACUGCAUUCAUUCAUAGUGUAUCAAAUUUCAUUGGAUCUAAUACUUGAAGUUGUACAUUGUUUCUGCAGUUUUUUUGUGAUAAACAUAAAGUGGAAUAAUUUAGUUUUGUAUCUUGGCAUGUUCAACAAAAGAGAAAUAUUAUUGAAGUAGUUUACGAGUAAUAGUAAAUAUUUACAUCUCAAUAUAUUUUAAAUUAAUGCUUUCACAGAUGCCUCAAUUAAUAAAUCAUAUGUCUGCUGUAAGAUAAUCAUAUUUCUACAGUAUUUAUAUUUUACUUAAUUAAAAAUUUAGUCAAAAUAAGUGACUUGAUACAGCAUGCUCUUUUUUGUAUCAUGUUAUUAAAAGCCUAAUUUAAUUCAGAAUAAGUAUCAUCCUGUAAGUAAAGCUUAUUCUUGUUAUUAUAACAAAAGUUUUUCAGGAAAAAGUUUGACUAAACACUAAAAUUCAUACUGGUGAACAAUCUUAUUCUUGUGGUAUAUAAAAUAAGGGUUUUUCACUAAAAAGUAAUCUGACAAACCAUAGUCGUGUUCAUACUGGUGAGAAGCCUUUUUCUUGUAUAGUUUUUCUCAAAGUGAGCUUCUGAAUAAACACAGUUGUGUUCACACUGGGGAAAAAACCUUCUUGUAGUGUUUUUAAUAAGAGUUUUUCAGAAAAAAGUCAUGACUAAACAUAGUCAUGCUCAUACUGGUGAGAAACCAUACUCUUGUAGUAUCUGUAAAAAAAAAUUUUCACAAAAAGAUAGUCUCAUUCAACACAAUCGCGUUCAUAUUACUGAGAAACCUUAUUCUUGUAGUAUAUGUAAUAAACUUAUAUCAUUAAAAGGUAAUCUGGCCAGACACAAUUGUGUUCAUACUAAUGAGAAGCCUUAUUCUUGUAGUAUAUGUAAUAAAAGUUUUUCACUAAAAGGUCAUCUCACUACGCACGGUCGUGUUCAUACUGGUGAGAAGCCUUAUACUUGUAGUAUAUGUAAGAAAAGUUUUUCACAAAGAGGUAGUCUGACUAUACACAGUCUUGUUCAUACUGGUGAGAAGCCUUAUUCUUGUAGUAUAUGUAAUAAAAGUUUUUCACUAAAAAGUCAUCUCACUACCCACAGUCGUGUUCAUACGGGUGAGAAGCCUUAUUCUUGUAGUAUAUGUAAGAAAAGUUUUUCACGAAGAGGUAGUCUGACUAUACACAGUCUUGUUCAUACUGGUGAGAAGCCUUAUUCUUGUAGUAUAUGUAAUAAGAGUUUUUCACUAAAAGGUAAUCUGAAAGACCACAGUCUUGUUCAUACUGGUGAGAAACCUUAUACUUGUAGUAUAUGUAAUAAAAGUUUUUCACUAAAAAGUCAUCUCACUACACACAGUCGUGUUCAUACUGGUGAGAAGCCUUAUUCUUGUAGUGUAUGUAAUAAGAGUUUUUCACUAAAAUGUAAUCUGAAAGACCACAGUCUUGUUCAUACUGGUGAGAAGCCUUAUACUUGUAGUAUAUGUGAUAAGAGUUUUUCAGAAAGAGGGACUCUGAAUCAACACUGUCGUGUUCAUACUGGUGAGAAGCCUUAUUCUUGUAGUAAAUGUAAUAAGAGUUUUUCAGAAAGAGGGACUCUGAAUAAACACUCUCGUGUUCAUACUGGUGAGAAGCCUUAUUCUUGUAGCAUAUGUUAUAAGAGUUUUUCACUAAAAUGUCAUCUCACUACACACAGUCAUGUUCAUACUGGUGAGAAGCCAUAUUCUUGUAGUAUAUGCAAAAAUCGUUUUUCACAAAAAGGUGGUCUCGCUGCACAUAGUCGUGUUCAUACUGGUGAGAAGCCUUAUUCUUGUAGUGUAUGUAAUAAAAGUUUUUCACUAAAAAGUCAUCUCACUGUCCACAGUCGUGUUCAUACUGGUGAGAAGCCUUAUUCUUGUAGUAUAUGUAAGAAAAGUUUUUCACUAAAAUGUAAUCUGACAAUGCACAGUCUUUUUCAUACUGGCGAGAAGCCUUAUUCUUGUAGUAUAUGUAAUAAGAGUUUUUCACAGACAGGUAGUCUGACAAGACACAGUCGUAUUCAUACUGGUGAGAAACCGUAUUCUUGUAGUAUUUGUAAUGAAAAAUUUUCACGAAAAAGUCAUCUCACUACACAUGAUCAUGUUCAUUCUGACCCAUAACCUUAUUCCUGUAAAAUAUGUUGUAAGAGUUUUUCACAUAGAGUGACUCUGAAUAAACAGUGUAGUAUUCAUUCUGGGGAGAAACUUUGUUCUUGUAGUUAAUGUAAUGAAAGUUUUUUUACUAAAAAUUAUCGGAGAAAACACUGUUGUGUUCACACUGGUGAGAAGCCUUAUAUAUGGGUGUGUAAUAAAAUUUUUUCACUGAAAAGUAGUCUGAUCAAACACUCGUGUUUAUAGUGGUGAAAAGCCUUAUUAUCGUAGUAUAUGUAACAAGUUUUUCAUUAAGAGCAGGUAGUUUGACUCAACAUAGUCAUCUUCAUAGUAGUGAGAAACUUUACUUAUGUAGUAUAUGUAAUUAAGAUUUUUCAAGAAAGAACUAUCUAACUAUUAACUGCCAUGUUCACACUAUUUAAAAGCCAUAUUCUUGUUUUGUUUUAAAAGUUUUCUUUUUUUCACGUAAGGUCCAUCUAAUUUAUUGUAGUUUUAUUCAUAUGCUGGUGACAAACCCCAUUCUUUUAAUAUAGAGCAUUCUUUGACGUAUAUAUAAAUACCCAUUCUUUUAAUAUUUAAAAAAAGUUUUUAAUUUUUCCAAAGCUGUCUUUACUGUUUGUGUUUUCACUGGUGAGAUACCUUUUUGUUGUAGCAAAAUGGAAUAAGAGUUUUUCUCAGAAAUGUCAUCUGACUAUAUACAGUAUUGUUGAUACUAGUGACACACCAUAUUUUUGAAGCAUGUGAUAAAAUAUUUUUUUAAAUAAAAAGUAUCUAAAUCUUUGCA